AUUUGUUAUCAGUGUCCAUUCUGUUUUAUUUUGUGACAUUACCAGGGAGAGAUAUGGAUGAUAUAUUUCGGGUGAGAGAAUUAGGGUGACUGUGGUGAUAGGUACCUAUGAUUCAAUGAUAUUGUUAUAAACUUAUGAAUGUUAGAUAUCUCAGUUCAUUAACUUUUUUAUCAGUGUAGCCAUGUAUAUAACUUAUUAUGUACAAUGUAUAUUUAUCAAUUAGUUAAUCAAACGAUAAAACCCAAACAACCAAAUGAGUCAAUUAAAAAGUUAUAUUUCUCUCGUCUCUAUAAAUUAAUUUAUUUUUGUAAAUUUAAAUGGUUUUCACUGAUUCAAAUGUAUUAUUCGUUAGAUUUCGAUGAUUCACUGCGAUGUCGGACCUAUCUGAAUUUUCUGAAAGACAAUAUACAAAAUCCAAUCGACAAAUGAAUUAGUGAAUCAACAUUAUGAUAUUUAACCAAGAUGUAUGAACUAUUUCAGUCCCACAUUAAUUUCCUAUGUUAAUCACGUAAGUGUUCAGUGUGAGUCUUCUUUGUGGUUAAUAAAUCAGCAAUGAGUGGAGUGCAGUUUAGAGAAAUCCAUAAAAACUCUUGGUUGAGAAAACUACCAGCUGGUGUUGAUAAAAAGUCUGCUUUAAAACUAACUGGUGGACAGAAAUUAUGGACUGUAUUUUGUAUACACGACGAUACAGAGCCAGUGUUGGAAUUCUAUGUAGAUCAAAAGAAAGCAGCAGCUCAUCGCCCGGACAAUUCUAUACAUCUAUCAGAUACUGUUCAUGUUUCUGCUACAAUAUGCCCAUUACCAGUGAUAGCUGGUGAUCAUCAGCAACAGUACCAGUAUGAAUUCGUCAUUACUCUUACUUCAGAUAUUGUACGUCUAGCUGCUCCUUCAUGGAAUCAGAUGAUGGAUUGGGUUCAAGGAUUAGAUAUGAAACUACGCGAAAUGCAUAUAUUGUCUCCAAAAGAAAAUGUCUAUACCAAACCGCCAGAAUCUAGGCCUCCUUUAUUACCCACUAGAGAUCCUAACUCACCAUUACCCCUCCCUCCAUUACGUGAUUUGCCAACAAAUGUUUUACCUGGAGUUGAACCUGUUAUUUCUGUAGUUCAAUCUAUUGAUAGGGAUGAAGGGUCUUCUUCAGAAAUUGAACAAAUAAUUUUAACACCGCCUAUUAGUCCUAACCUAAUGCCUAGUGAACUAGUGAAUAAUAUUACCAUAGUAGAAGUAAUAAAUAAUCAUAAUCAAGUAUUCAAUUUCAAUCAAAUGGAGCAAGUUUUGAGCCAAAUAAAUGAGCAAUUACCUCAAACAUCAUCGGAAUCAAUUAUUAAUUCUCCUAGGCCGGGUAGAUCAAUUAAUUCUUGUACAUCUGAAAAUGCAGUAUCUUCCCCAAGACAGUCAAGCAGACAUCAAACUCAUAAUACAUCUGUUGUAGAAGAAUCAGUAAAUGGUGCUAGAUCUAGUAGUAGUCAUUCAGAAUCCAAUGAUAGAACUACUAAUGAUUUACCACAAAGAUCUAUGACUGAAGUGCCAAAUGAAGGUCUACGGGUUAAAGUCAGAUUGACUGAAUCAGAAGAUGGUUGUCCUAGAAGGAGACCAAAAAGACAAGAAGUUGUAACUCCUACAACUGAACAGGAACCAGCAAGCAAUUAUGAGCAUUUAGUAUUACCUACGACCAUCCAAUCUAGACCUCAACAAUCUUCUAUAUCCAAUUUUAUUCCUACAGAUAUUGCAAUGUUACCAACAAGACCUCAACUACCUAUUGGUCGAGGUCGUGGUGCUCGCCGUAAAGUAAAUAGUGAUAGUUCACAUUCUGUAGUUGGAGCUGACCGAAUCCGUGUUGCAGUAAAUAGUAGUAGUCCACGUAUGUUACAGCCAGUUCCAACACCUUAUAUCCCAACUGAAACCAGAGAUUUAUUUAGUCCAAGUCGAUUAACUGUUCGUGAAAAGCAAGUCCUGCAACUUCGAAAAGAAAUGUCUCACCUUGCAGGAGUUCGAUUGCAAUUGAGACGUAAGGAUUGCAUUAAUUCUAUUGCUUUGGUUGAUGUCUUUCAAACUGUUUGGAUUGCUGGCUGGAAACAAAAGGAACAUCCCAUGUUACAUAAUGCGUUACACAUAGGUGAUCAGGUAUUAAGUGUUGCUGGAAAACCUGUAACAUGUUCGAUUGAUGCUCAUAAAUACAUACGAGCAUGGCCAAGUCUUUACGUUGAAUUAAUUAUAAGACGUGUUCCUUGUGGUCGAGUUUUUGUUGUGCGGCGACAAGAACAAGGCCAAGACCUUGGCAUUUUACAAGAAGGUGGUACAGCUGAAAUUAAAGAUGUAUUACCUAAUAGUUUAGCUGCUGCUCAUGGUUUAUCAUCUCGUACUCCUACAUUAGAUGGAUUAUCACUAACUACUUGGACAUUAACUGAGAUAAAUUCUCGUCCUCUAAACUUACUGUUUAAAGACACUGAAGUUAGAGAUCGCUUGAAUGCAGUUGGACUAGAUAUAUCAUUAUUAGUACAACCUACUGAUCUAAUAUCAGCUUUACGAAAACAGCUUAAGUCCUUAAAAGCAUUCAAAGACUACUUGUUAGUAUAAAGUUUGCAAAUAUUACUCGUAAUAUAGUGUUCAUAAGACAUAAUUAUAUUAAUUAUGAAAUUUGAUACUAACUAUAAUCUAUCUGCUAGAAAAAGUAUUUUAUAUACUUAAAAUCAAGUUUUAUGUUGUAUGCUAUAAAACUUUAUUUUACUUGUUCUAGUACUAUAUUUUUCAUAAUUCCAACAUUAUACUAUUUUUUAUUAGGAAAGAUUAUGAAUGCUAGGUUAACAGUAGGCUUUAGCAUACA